CCCUUCUCCCAAUCCACACCGUUGGUUUUCCGGCGCCGGGCGAUGGCGGCGAUGGUGAGGAGGUGGCUACCGUGGCCGUCGGCGAAGUCCAGGAAAUGCGAGGUGCGGAUGGUGGUGCGCCGGAUCGAGGGAUUGCCGGAGGCGGGGGCCAAGGCGGUGGCGGAGGUAAAGUGGAAGGGGCCGAAGACGGCGCUCAACUCGCUGCGCCGAGGCGGGGUGAGGCGGGACCAGACGAGGGAGGAGGAUGUCCGGGAAGGAGGAGGCGUGGUCGUGUGGGACCAGGAGUUCCUCACUGCCUGCACCCUCACCGCUCACAAGGGAGGCGACGGCUUCCUCCCUUGGGAAAUCGCUAUAACCGUCUUUUCCGGUCUGAGUGAAGUUACUAAGAAAAAAGACGCUGUGGUUGGUGUGGCUUCUUUGAACCUGGCAGAGUUUGCUUCAACAGUAGAUGGGAAAGAGCUUGAGAUCAUUGUUCCUUUGUCACCUAUAAGUGCCACUUCUCACUCCCAUCUAACAUUAGAAUUGACACUUUGCCUAUUGGAGUUGAGAAAUGUCCCUGAAUCAGUCGAAGUUUUGCAGAGUUCUGUAGUUCCUGUUCCAUUGUCACCUCCCACCUGUGAUGCUUUCCCUUCCGAGAAGGAUGAAUCUUCUUCCCUAAAAGCUGGUCUUAUAAAAGUUAAUGCACUAAAAGCUUUACUUUUAUUUCGAAAAUCCAAAAAAGCAUGCCAGAUUGGUUAUGUCAGUGAAGAGAAUUCUUCUCCUAGAAACAUUGAUAGAGGACCAGAGUAUCCAUAUGACUCAGAUUCAUUUGAUGAAGAUCAUGAAGAUGCCCAAUCUAUCAUGAAUGAUUCUGGUGAAAGGAAUUCCUUCGGCUAUGGAAAUCUUACUUCUGUAAACUGCAUAGGAGGAUCAUUUUCUAUAGACAUGGUGGACAAUCAGGACAUGGUUUACUAUAGUCACCAGAAAUCUGAUACCAGUUAUUCAUGUGCUGAUGACACAAAAAUGUUUGCAUCUGAACAACUUACGUACUACUUCUUUAAGAGAAGUAUUCUUUCUUGGAAAAAGAAUGGGCUUAGCUUCAAAACUCGAAAGACUAAAGAGGAGCCCCUUCUAAAGAAAGCAAAUGCAGCAGAGGGUGGUGAUGACAUUGAUUUUGAUCGGCGACAGUUAAGCUCUUUAGGAGACUCAACCUUUAUGCUGGAUUGUAAUUGUACAAGUGGGUCAUCGGUAUCUAACUUUGGCGAUGAUGACUUUGUAGUAGGAAGCUGGGAGCCCAAAGAGAUAUUCAGCCGUGAUGGACAUUUGAAGCUCAUAACCCAGGUCUUCUUUGCCUCAAUCGAUCAGAGGAGUGAGAAAGCAUCUGGUGAAGCUGCUUGCGCUGUCCUUGUCACCAUUUUUGCUGACUGGUUUCAUGCUAAUCCUGACAUGAUGCCAAUUAAAUCUCAAUUAGACCAACUCAUACGGGAAGGUUCUUCUGAUUGGAGGAUCCUUUGUGAGAACGAUACAUAUAGGGAGCGAUUUCAUGAUAGGCACUUUGACAUUGAGACUGUCCUUGAGGCCAAGAUCCGACAUCUUUCUAUCGUCCCUGCAAAGUCCUUUGUGGGGUUCUUCCAUCCCGAAGCUGAAGUGAUCGAGGAUAGUGAGACACUCAACUUCCUUAAGGAAACAAAGUCUUUUGAUGACAUUUGGGAUGAAAUCAGCUGUGCUCGAUCUGAGUCUUCUUCUGGUGGUCCUCACCUCUACAUCAUUAGCUGGAAUGACCAUUUUUUCAUUCUCAAGGUUGAGCAUGACGCUUAUUAUAUCAUAGACACACUCGGCGAGAGGCUUCAUGAAGGGUGCAACCAGGCUUACAUUUUGAAGUUUGAUGACACCACAACAAUCCACAAAGUGAAAAGCGAAGUCCAGUCAGCCUCUGAUAAUGUCCAGCAAGAAUCAAACAUCGGAAGCACUGAUUCAGAGGAUGAGCUCAUAUGUCACGGCAAGGAGUCCUGCAAGGAUUACAUCAAGAGUUUCCUUGCUGCCAUUCCAAUCAGGCAACUCCAAUCUGAUUUAAGAAAACGACCUGCCACUUCCACACAAAUUCAUCAACGGCUUCAGAUCGACUUCCACUACACCAAGAGAUCCAAAGAGCAAACAACGGAACCCCAACGAGAACUAACCUUGGAUUUUCUAUAUUCGCCACAAUCAGAGUCUGAGCUCUCCAGUCCUACAGAGUCUGAGACUGAGCCCUCAGGGAGAAGAGAGACAGCAACCAAGUUCUCAUGGGAGAUAGUCUCGUCGGAGUUGUCAUGGCCUACUGAACCAGAGCAGGCAUUUUUGCUAACGCCAUCUGUAAAUUUGGAAGUGGAGGUUGCUUAGCUCUCCGAUCUUUUCGGUUCCAUAGGAAAUCUUUUCCAUUUUCAAUGUUCUUAGUGAUAACAAGGAGGUAGAGUUGUUUUUCUCAAUUGUAAGUAAUGCUUCUGACCUAUGAUCUCCCUGUUGCUUAUACUCAAGAAAAAAGUGUCCUCCCUUUAACAUCUAAUGUUUUGUUUUUCUAAUAUAUGUUCUUGACAUCGUCCCCUUGAAUUUAAGAGUGGGAAUAAGUCAAAAUUCUGAUUA